GCAGCUGCAGGACGCCGGAGUAAUAUGCUCACUCGGGUGAAAUCUGCCGUGGCCAAUUUCAUGGGCGGCAUCAUGGCUGGCAGCUCAGGCUCCGAGCACAGCGGCGGCGGCUGUGGAGGCUCGGACCUGCCCCUGCGCUUCCCCUAUGGGCGGCCGGAGUUCCUGGGGCUGUCUCAGGACGAGGUGGAGUGCAGCGCCGACCACAUCGCCCGCCCCAUCCUCAUCCUCAAGGAGACCCGGCGGCUGCCCUGGGCCACUGGCUACGCAGAGGUUAUCAAUGCCGGGAAGAGCACACAUAAUGAAGACCAAGCCAGCUGUGAGGUCCUCACUGUGAAGAAGAAAGCAGGGGCCAUUACCUCAACCCCGAACAGGAACUCGGCUAAGAGACGGUCCUCCCUUCCCAAUGGGGAGGGGCUGCAACUGAAGGAGAACUCGGAAUCAGAAGGCGUGUCCUGCCACUACUGGUCGCUGUUUGACGGUCACGCAGGGUCCGGGGCAGCGGUGGUGGCCUCCCGCCUGCUGCAGCACCAUGUCACGGAGCAGCUGCAGGACAUCGUGGAGAUUCUCAAGAACUCUGCUGUCCUGCCGCCCACCUGCCUGGGCGAGGAGCCAGAGAACACGCCCGCGCACAGCCGGACUCUGACCCGCGCGGCCUCGCUCCGCGGAGGCGUGGGGGCGCCCGGCUCCCCCAGCACCCCGCCCACGCGUUUCUUCACGGAGAAGAAGAUCCCGCACGAGUGCCUGGUCAUCGGGGCUCUAGAAAGUGCUUUUAAGGAAAUGGACCUUCAGAUAGAACGAGAGAGGAGCUCAUAUAAUAUAUCUGGGGGCUGCACAGCGCUCAUCGUGGUUUGCCUUUUGGGAAAGCUAUAUGUGGCAAACGCUGGCGACAGCAGGGCCAUAAUCAUCAGAAAUGGAGAAAUCAUCCCCAUGUCUUCAGAAUUUACCCCCGAGACUGAGCGCCAGCGACUUCAGUACCUGGCAUUCAUGCAGCCUCACUUGCUGGGAAAUGAGUUCACACAUUUGGAGUUUCCAAGGAGAGUACAGAGAAAGGAGCUUGGAAAGAAGAUGCUCUACAGGGACUUUAAUAUGACAGGCUGGGCAUACAAAACCAUUGAGGAUGAUGACUUGAAGUUUCCCCUUAUAUAUGGAGAAGGCAAGAAGCACCUGCCCAGCCUGGUCCCCGACACACGGCUGGCCUUCCAUAAAGGCGUCAGGAUUCAAUACACUUUUCUGUUACGUACGGUAUCCUUUCCCCCAUACCAGAGGAAGGUGGACGAAUGUGUUCUUAGAAGAUGGUCAGAAGAAGAGGCCCGAGUAAUGGCAACCAUUGGAGUAACCAGGGGACUUGGGGACCAUGACCUGAAGGUGCAUGACUCCAACAUCUACAUAAAACCAUUCCUGUCUUCAGCUCCAGAGGUAAGAGUCUACGAUCUCUCCAGAUAUGAGCAUGGAGCAGAUGAUGUGCUGAUCUUGGCCACUGACGGACUCUGGGAUGUUUUAUCAAAUGAAGAAGUGGCAGAAGCCGUCACUCAGUUUCUUCCUAACUGUGACCCAGAUGACCCUCACAGGUACACACUGGCAGCUCAAGACCUGGUGAUGCGUGCCCGCGGUGUCCUGAAGGACAGAGGAUGGCGAAUAUCUAAUGACCGACUGGGCUCAGGAGACGACAUUUCUGUAUAUGUCAUUCCUUUAAUACAUGGGAACAAACUUUCCUGAAAAUGGCCCAGGGCAUUGGGAGGACAGCAGGGGAGAAAGCUGGGAUACCUCCUAGCAGGGUGGGACUGGGAAGUGCCCCAGCAGAGCUCCAGGGGCUACAACCUCUUCCCAUCCCAGGUUGGGGGUUUGCUGCCAAAAGUCCUCUGGCUGUACUUCUGGGGGACCCUUAGUUUUCAGUUUCCUCUUCAGUAACAGGUCUGGAUACUCAACAGAGCAAAACACAAAGGCUGCUA